AUGGCGGGCGGCUUUCCGCUGAGGAAGUGGGCCUCUAACGACAACCGCCUCCUGGAGUUCAUCCCUGUCGAGCAUCAACUAGGCACGACGACCGGCGCGAGGUUACCUGCAGAUGAGCAUUCGACCGCUCGCCUGUUCGACCCGCUGGGCUGGCUAGCACCAAUCCUCGUGCGUGCAAAGUUGCUGAUCCAGUCGGCGUGGCUGCAGCAGCUCGAGUGGGACGCACCGCUAUCACGCGAGGACACCGCCACAUGGACAGCCCUCGAGGAGGAAUUGCCGGUACUGGAGAAGAUCAGACUGCCACGUUGGCUGCACAGCAACGCUCCACGCAGCCCCGUGGAGCUCCACGGCUUCUCGGAUGCCUCCGAACGGGCUUACGCUGCUGUGGUCUACAGCAGGGUGGAGGAUGGCGGACUGUCCCGCAUCAACCUGGUGGUCGCCAAGAGCAGGGUGGCUCCGUUGAAGCGUGUAUCGCUGCCGAGACUAGAACUCUGCGGAGCGGCUCUGCUGUCAAAGCUAGCAGAACAUGUGCGGCUCUCCUUGGGUCUGGAGAGGUCGGCGGUCAUCUUCUGGACGGAUUCUACGGUAACACUUGGCUGGAUACGUGGACACCCUGCAAAGUGGAAUACGUACGUAGCCAACCGCGUCGCUGAAAUUCACCGCGACAACCAAGAUGCAAGACGGCGGCACGUACCUGGCAAGGAGAACCCUGCAGACUGUGCCUCCCGAGGGGUGUCACCGAAGGAGCUCCUGGAACAUCAUCUGUGGUGGCGAGGGCCGGAAUAUCUCCGCCAUCACGCGGACUUUUGGCCGAAGGACGUCGGACUCUUGGAGACGGCCGACUUACCGGAGCAGCGACCGUUCCGAUGCCAUGCAGCCGCCGAGGAACGAGAAGCUGAGGAGCUCUGCCGCUUUUCCUGCCUUCGUCGCCUGCUUCGCGUGUCCGCCUGGAUCUGGCGGUGGAGGGCACGAGGGCGUCACUCAGCAACAGCGAAGCUGUGUCGGCCUCCUUGGAACCUGAGGAGCUGGAGGCCGCUUUAUCCAAAUGGAUCCAGGUAG